AUGACUGCUCGGCACCGUACGGAAGGACAUGAGGUCGCCGUGAAAUUUAUCAUCAAAGAGAAGGUGCCUGACCAUGCGUGGUGGGAGGACGAGGCGUUUGGACGUAUACCUACGGAAGUGAUGUUGCUGAGCCUUGUAGACCACCCGAACGUCGUGAAAUGUUUGGAUCUCUACGAGGAUGAGGUAUAUUUCUAUAUGGUUCAAGAACUGCACGGAACUCCCUGGGAAUCCAGAAAGAAGAAGAAAUCGAAUAUCACCGCUCCGGGCAAGCUCGUCGCCCCGACAUCUACUCCUUCCUUGACACCUUCCCCUUCGUAUGAAUCCACGACUGACUCUGUGCCACCUACACCGCCUUCAGUUCCUGUGGAAGAUGCCGACGCCCUUUCUACCACAUGUGAAACAUCAGAAGCAGCGCAGGAUGCUGCUCACAUCACCCGCUCCGAAAUUCCGCAUAUCGCGCUACCAUCCCUCGAGCUUUCUGCUGCCGAGGCGGCAACGGGGAAGACGCAGAACCAGAUCACGUUGCAACCUCUGCUUCCUGUCUCCGUACCGGUGCGUCCGAACUUCUCGCGGCGAGCAUCGCACGAUUUGUUCGAGUGUAUCGAGCAAAGCAAGCACAAGCGGCUGUCGGAGAACCAAGCCCGCUACAUUUUUGCGCAAGUCGUGGAGGCCGUGUAUUAUCUGGACAGCCAGGGAAUCACGCAUUGCGACAUCAAAGACGAAAACUUGCUCGUGGAUAGUGAUCUCAAAGUGAAGCUAAUCGAUUUCGGCAGCGCCGUCGUCGCGGAUCCUUCGCUUCCUCGUCCGCACUACACUCUUUUCUUCGGUACGACUGCCUACGCAUCCUCAGAGAUCUUGCGGAAACAGCCGUAUCGUGCGCCUCCCGCGGAAAUCUGGACGCUUGGUGUCCUUCUGUCAUAUCUCCUCACUGGGCAUUCACCGUUUGCUACCGAGCAGGACGCGAUCGACGGACGCGUCCUACUGCGUGAGCCGAGCUCCGGGCGCCUCAGUCGUGCGGCGGUGACACUGAUCGGGAGGUGUUUGGAGCGUGACCCUGAGCGACGCGCAGACAUUGAGGAGGUGCGUGGCCAUCGCUGGCUGCAGGGCGCCCUGGAGAGGGACGCGCGGGAGUAG